AUGGUAACCAUUCUUGCAGAUGAAAUUAGUAAAAUUAUUCGUGAAUUUAUUGAGCAAUAUAAUACCGAAGUAAAAAUUGUAAAUACAGGUACCGUACUUCAAGUAGGCGAUGGCAUUGCUCGUAUUUAUGGUCUUGAUGAAGUAAUGGCGGGUGAAUUAGUAGAAUUUGAAGAAAGUACAGUAGGCAUUGCUUUGAAUUUGGAAUCAAAAAAUAUACCAGUAAGUGAGGGUUAUUUGGGUCAUGUUGUAAAUGCCCUAGCUAAACCUAUUGACGGUCGAGGAGAAAUUUCAGCUUCGGAAUCUUGGUUAAUCGAAUCUCCCUCUCCUGGUAUUAUUUCUAGACGGUCCGUGUAUGAGCCCCUUCAAACGGGACUUAUUGCUAUUGAUUCUAUGAUCCCUAUAGGGCGUGGCCAGCGAGAAUUGAUUAUUGGGGACAGACAAACUGGUAAAACAACAGUAGCUACAAAUACGAUUCUCAAUCAACAAGGACAAAAUGUAGUAUGUGUUUAUGUAGCUAUUGGUCAAAAAGCAUAUUAUGUGGCUCAAGUCGUAACUUCUUUACAAGAAAGAGGAGUAAUGGAAUACACUAUUAAAGUGGCUGAAAUAGCAAAUUCCCCAACUACAUUACAAUACCUCACGCCUUAUACAGGAGCAGCUCUGGCUGAAUAUUUUAUGUACCGUCGCGAAGCUUAUCCCAGAUAUGUUUUUUAUUUACAUUCGUGUCUUUUGGAAAGAGCCGCUAAAUUAAGUUCUCAGUUAGGUGAAGGAAGUAUGACUGCUUUAACAAUAGUUGAGACCCAAUCAGGAGAUGUUUCAGCUUAUAUUCCUACUAAUGUAAUUUCUAUUACAGAUGGCCAAAUAUUCUUAUUUGCUGAUAUAUUCAAUGCUGGGAUCAGACCCGCAAUUAAUGUGGGUAUUUCCGUUUCCAGAGUUGGAUCGGCGGCUCAAAUAAAAGCCAUGAAACAAGUAGCUGGUAAAUUAAAAUUGGAAUUGUCACAAUUCGCAGAAUUAGAAGCUUUUGCACAAUUCUCUUCAGAUCUCGAUAAAGCCACACAAAAUCAAUUGGUAAGAGGUCAACGAUUGCGCGAGUUGCUUAAACAAUCCCAAUCAGCUCCUCUUACUGUAGAAGAACAGAUAAUAACUAUUUAUAUUGGAACGAACGGUUAUCUUGAUUCAUUAGAAAUUGAACAGGAACAAGUAGAAAAAAAUUGA